AUGCGCUUCGUAACUCUUAUCUUUGCUGCCCUCGCCGCUGGCCCUUUGGCUGCCCUCGCCGCUCCUGCCCCUGCAGACAAUGCAGCCAACGAGAAAAGCUGCCCAUCUGGCGACAAGAUUAACUGCGGAGGCUGCAACGGCACCAGCUGCCAAAUCGGAUUUAACAACUAUGCACUGCCCAGAGUGGAGGUGGUGAUGGGAAGGACUGCUGGGAUAACAACUACGGUGGAACAAGACACGUCGUUUGCCCCGGAAAAGCUUGAGCUAGAUCUGAUAUAUGCUCUGGGUUAG